AUGGCGAAGCCUGAGGACGUCCCGUUUUAUAUAAAAGUGAGUACCCGUUCCAAUUAAAGUACCACUAGAACUUCAGAGACUACCUACCAUCCUCCUUUUCAUUUGCGCCAUUCAUCUGGUUGCCAAAACUGCAUUGGUGGGAAUGAGAGAUCUCAGAUUAAUAAUAUGAGAGUUUCAGCUCAAGCACCAGUACCAGGCAGUUGACCAGAACAGCACGAACACGCACUUUGCACUCACGUGCGUCACCGCGUGUCUUCUGUGUUUUCUUUUUGCUCUUGUUGUCAACGACAUGAUCUUCAAGAUGCAUUCAACGUUCAGAUAUGUCAUUGGCAUGAACGUUUGUUUUUCAUCUGGGCCGUCCUACAGUAGUCUUCUAGAUUGCCAUACUUUGUACGGGAUUGUUCGUAACUGGCUUCAUGCUGGCUCAUCUUGCGGAGAUAUUUUCUGCUCAAACGUUUUCUUUCAACACUUGUAAGCUCCAUCACAUAAUUCAGUUUACUAUUAUAACCCCGCAGGCCAACAACUGGGUCUCAACACGAAUAGAGACGAAACCCCCGAAGCCAAUGCAGUGCUCACAAGUGUCGAGAGGGAUCGGCACGAGAAAGGUGAGCCUCCCGAAUAUAAUCCGAUAUGCAACGCUAACCUGCUAAGCUGUGUGCGACGAAGCCGUCGCCGUGGAGUACUCGUACAUCUCCGUCGACCUGCUCAUCCACGUCUUCUUCCUCCCUCUUCACACCUUCGCCACCGCUUUCUCGUGGACCUUCUCCGACCUCUUCCGUCCCAGAACGCAAGAAGAUUUCAUAAUUUAA